AUGACAUAUAAACUCUGUAUUCGUCAACAUGUAUUUUAUUUAGGAAAAUCUUUUGAUGAAAAAGAUUUACAAGGUUUAUGUGGUGUUAAUAAUGGAACAAAAAAGAAAGAUCUGGAUAAAACAGGUUAUAAAGGAAUUGGAUUUAAAGCGGUUUUUGGAAAAUCAGAUUAUGUUAUUAUUUAUUCAAAUGGAGAAUAUUUUCGAUUUGAUUCUUCUUAUCAAAUAAAAUGGAAUAAACAAUGGGGAACUAAUGAUAAACAAACAUGGGAAAAAGAUAAUGAUCGACAGUUUAUUUAA